AUGGAUCAGAACACAGUCUAUCAGUUAUUCGUGGCAACAUACCACUCUGAUCCCAAUAUUCAUAAACAAGCAGAAAUAAACAUUAGAAAUAUUGAAGCAAAUAACGGAUUCUUACCGAUUGUCUUACAAAUCCUUGCUUCUGAAGAGUUGGAACUUGGCGCUCGACAAGCAGCUGCUAUUUACUUUAAAAAUCGUUUAAACAAGGCGUGGGACGGUCAACGCGAUUCUGCUGUUCCUAUUAAUGAUGACGACCGUAACAUGGUGAAACAGACUAUCCUUCAAGCCUUGGUUACUGCUCCUAAUCAAGUUCAAGUACAAUUGACUUCCACCUUGAACACUAUUUUAACUAAUGACUUUCCCGAUAAAUGGCCAAACUUUGUCAGCGAACUUGAAAAAUUCUUGACCUCUACUGAUGUCCGUUUAGUCUAUGUUGGUUUAUUAGCUUUACGUGAAGUAGUCAAGGUUUACCAAUGGAGAACCAGCGAACGUCGAGAGCCAUUUAGACAACUGGUCAAACUCACUUUCCCUGCUGUUCAAAAUAUUGCCUCCAGCUUGAUCACAUCAGAUAGUAUGGAAGCAGCAGAGAUGCUUAAAUUGGCUUUAAAGAUUUAUCACACUGGUAUUCAAACCGAGUUACCCAAGUGUCUUCAAGAUCCAUCUUCCCUUGUUCCUUGGGGUACUUUGUUCUUGCAGCUGAUUGAAAAGAAGAUUCCAAAUCAAGCCUUACCUGCUGAUGCUGAUGAACGCGAAAGAUAUCCUUGGUGGAAGACGAAGAAGUGGGCAUACCACUGCUUGAAUCGUUUAUUUUCUAAAUAUGGUAACCCUGCUACCAUGCCUCGUAGUUCACCCGAGUACAACAGCUUUGCCAAGAACUUCUCUGCCAAUUUUGCGCCCAACAUUCUUCAAGCCUAUUUGAACCAAAUCGAAUGCUGGAUCAAGAAGGAAAUUUGGAUUCCUAGCAAGUGCUUGGCUUUGACAUCUUGUUUCUUUGCUGACUGUGUUAAAAACAAGACAACCUGGCAAUUACUCAAACCACACGUGGAUACACUCGUAGCACACUUUAUCUUCCCUCAGCUCUGUUUCUCUGAUGAAGAUCAAGAGCUUUGGGACGAAGACCCUGUUGAGUUUGUACACAAGAAGGUAGACCCUCUCGAAGAUUUCCAUUCCCCUCAAACAAACGCCAUGAACUUCUUAAUCGACUUGGCUCGUGAUCGUAAAAAGCACACCUUUAUGGGUAUAUUGAACUUUGUCAAUGGUGUCUUGAACCGAUAUCUGGAAGCUCCUGAAGACCAAAAGAACCCAAGAGAAAAGGACGGUGCACUUUGCAUGAUUGGUGGCUUAUCCUAUCAGGUCCUCCAAAAGAACUCACCUGUAGCCAACAUGAUGGAACCUUUCUUUGUGACUCAUGUAUUUCCUGAAUUCAAGAGCAAGUACCCCUUCUUGAGAGCCCGUGCCUGUGACUUGACAAGACACUUUAGUGAUUUGGACUUUGCUAAUGAGCAAAACUUGGCUGCCUUGUAUCAAUAUGUGACAGACUGUAUUCGUGAUUCUGAAUUGGCUGUUCGUGUUCAAGCAUGUCUUGCUUUACAGCCUAUGAUCCGUCAUGAGAGUGUCCGUAACGCGAUGGCACCCAGUCUUCCAUUUAUUAUGCAAGAGUUAUUGAAUUUGACAAAUGAAAUCGAUAUUGAUACUUUGGCUAAUGUGAUGGAGGAGUUUGUAGAAGUGUUUGCAGAGCAAUUGACACCAUUUGCUGUUCAACUCUGUACACAACUUAGAGACACCUUCUUGCGUAUUAUGGAGGAUUUGAACCAAAACAAUGCACUCAACAGUGCAGAUGAUGAUGAAUUUGAUGGAGACAUUGAUGAAUUAAGCGACAAAACAAUGGCAGCCAUGGGUGUCUUGAAGACGAUUGGAACCCUCAUUCUCAGUCUGGAGAGCACACCAGAAAUCCUUCAACAGUUAGAAAAUGCGUUGUUACCUGUGAUCACAUAUACAUUAGAAAAGAAGAUCUUGGACUUGUAUGAUGAGAUAUUUGAAAUUAUUGAUUCAUGCACAUUCUCAAGCAAGAGAGUGACACCUACAAUGUGGGGAGUAUUUGAGCUGAUAUAUAGAGCAUUCAAGGAAGAUGGAGGAAUUGACUAUAUGGAAGUGAUGUUGCCACCUUUGGAUAACUAUAUCUCAUACGGACAAGAUGUAUUUAUACAGAAUGGACAAGUACAACAUAUGAUGUUUGAUAUCAUUGACACAGUGAUGAAGAGUGAUAGAACAGGAGAACAAGAUAGAAUUUGUGCAUGCAAGUUAAUGGAGUCUGUCCUGUUGAACUGCAGAGGUCAUGUUGAUAUGUCCAUUGGACAUUUCCUCAACUUAGCAUUCCAAUACAUCUUUACUGGAUCUAUGAAAACAACUGAAUUCAAGGUUCAUUGUAUUGAAGUUGUCAUCAACUGUUUGUACUAUAACCCUGUCAUUACGCUUAAUCUACUUGAAGAGAACAAUUGGACUCAAGGAUUCUUUACAUUAUGGUUUAACACACUAUCCAAGUUCUCAAGAGUUCACGAUAAGAAGCUUGUUAUUGUGACCAUAUCUACCUUAUUAGAAUUACCAAUGGACAUGAUACCAAACUCAUUACGUAUGGGCUGGUCUCAACUGUUGACAUGUAUCAUUAAUGUAUUCCAAUCACUACCAAAAGCGAUGGAAAACCGUGAGAACAUGGAAAAAUUAUAUGGCAACUUUGAUGACGACUUUGGAGCUGAAGAUUAUUUAAGUGGAAACGAAGAAGAAGAGCUUUUAGACGAAGAUGAUGAUGUACCAGACGAAGACAAUGAAUAUUUGGAAUAUUUAGCUUCUCAAGCACAAAACAGUCACAAUGAUUUUGAAGAUUUUGGCGGUGAAGAGGAAGACGAGCUGGAAGAAGAGAUAUUAUUUGAAUCACCAUUGGAUGAAAUUGACCCAUAUAUCAGAUUUGAACAAGUCUUUAGAAACAUGCAGCAAAAUAAUACUCCUUCUUAUACCCUCUUAACGAAAGAUUUAACUGCUGAACAACAAAAUCAAAUCAUGUCUAUCUUGUCUAUAGCGGAACAACAUCGUACAGCUGCUCCUGCUCCUACUGCUUAA